CCAACAUCAUCACCGUCACCAUCGACAUCAGUCAAUACAUGCCCUCACUGCUUCCAGUUGACUCUCAUUACUUUGUGUAACCAUUUUCAUCUCAAAACGUGCUCUGUUGUUGUUUGCUUUGUACACCUGCCGCCCUGCCGCCCCAGGACGAUGACUGUCUGGACCAAGCGGAUGGUCAGAGACUGCCGUACCUGCUUCUCGUUCAUGGAGAAAGGAAUCGCAGAGUUGGAAACGCCAGGUAAUUCUCUCCAGAAACAAGAGUUGAGAGCAGUAGCCAUCAAGUUUGUUCGAGAUGGCACCCUCAUCGGCAUCUGCGCAGUGUGGGGGAAACAUGAAGGAGUCCCGGUGCCAGUCUGGGACCAGAACUUCACUUACCUCUCCUUACCGGUAACGACUGGGCACAACUACCUUGGUUAUGUCACUUGGCGAUAGUUGGUGCUUCUUCCUGCCCUCAACUGCAUCCUUGACUCAGCCGGAAGGAGCUGGGGAAGGCCGAGGGCAUGGCCCUGAUCAGUGCCAUCAACUUGAGUUGAAAGGAACCCAGAGAUCCUCUCCUUCAACCCAACCCAACACUCGCUUGACAAGACACCACCAUUUACCCCAGUAUCCGUAUCCGAGAAGCAAGCAUACUUUCGCCAUGGACAACUUGAACUCCUUCGAUGAUCUCGACUAUGAAAACACUCACAACAUCAAGUUCGAUUCCGCCGUCCCGCCCCCUUAUGAUCGGACUCUGAAUAUCUGUUGGUCCCGCCUCCCCCGCGGCUCCAAGAAGGGAGAUGGUGACAUUGUUGCGGCCUUGCCCAAAGACACCCGCACCACGACUCAACUACCUCUACCUCUAAGGCCUAGUUCUGCUUGCCAUCAGGAUCCCUCCGAGUCUUUACGAAAAGCCGGCCACUGGGGCUACUUUAGUCUGCCCUCCAAUGUUUCCCUUAAGAUCUGCCGCUACAUCGUCCAACAACACUCCACUGAUAAGCCAAUUCGCCUCAGCAGGUGGUCUGUCUACACUGGCCUAUAUCCCGUCAACAAGGACACAAUGCUCGUUCAGGGCUCCGAACAGGAAACCUGGGAAAGCGAGUUCUUCGAGACCCAUAACCAAGCAUUGCAUGCUCUUAGUCCUUACCUCCAAGCCAAUCGUCGCUUUAGGGCCGACCUCGUAGCUGCCUUUCUCCUCAAUCGUCGAUACCAUCUUGUCAUUUCUCCCUUUGGGCCUACCACAAACAUUCCAUGGCUUGCCAAGUUUGGCCGAUAUUUAAAGUACAUCACCAUGGAAUUUGACUGUACCAGGUUCUAUGGUGGCAAGCCCAGAACAAGAGAAAAAAUCGAAGCUGCUACACACUCUGGCGUGUUCAACGAGCAACAACUGAAAACCGCACUGGCGCCUGGAAAAGAUGCCCUAGAAUCCGUUAAGCACUACAAAUGUGCAUUAACUGACGUGUUGAAGUUGCUUACAUGCGGUCGGCAAUCCCCUGUCAACCGUUUGACCAUCAUGGUCAGAAAGUAUUGGGGAUCGCGGGAGAGCAUGCCGCAAGGGUACCCCUACUUUGAUCCGACAUGGCUCAACUUCCUCCUGCUUAUUCCCAGCGUGCUGCAGUCCAAUGUCCUAAACCUGGAGACAAUCGGCGUGCCCCCGAGGCUUUUAGGCUUGAUGAUCACCAAAUUCUGGGGAGAGGGAAAACCCCCAACCGAGGAUGCUCAGAGGCCACAUUUUACAUGGAGUCCCUCUCCGUCCACCCUCUGGCCCGAGAUGCCGGGGCAGUCCGCAGCCAUUUCUAUAUGCGGCUCCGUCGACCUGACCGCCGAUUACCUACUCAGGCUUGAUAGCCCGGGCCAAGUUGAGAUUUACACCUUUCCAAGCCGGGAAGCACAAAAACAGCAGCAGUCUGCCAAGAAGAGACGGAAGUCAAGACGCAAGAAAACCAAAAAGUCCUCCACUCUUCCCAAACCAGAACCAGAACCCGUGGCAGGACACGAGGAACAACAAUCGGGAGAACAGGCGCACUUCCAAUCGCCUUCUCGGAUCUCGGGCAGCUCAACCGUAGCUGUGGAAGCGGGUUCAUCACAUCAAAUGGAAUCCAGAGCAGCAAAAGCCUUGGGUACGUUUGGCUCAUUGGGUAUGGCAAGGUUCUGGAACGAGCGAAAGAAGACAGAGCUGGAUGAGGUAUCGAUGUCCUCGCCCGAAAAGAAAGCUCUCCACAUGCGGCGAGCACAGGAAAAGUUUGCGGAGCUCUCGAAGUUGCUGGAGGAGGCAUCUCCACAGGCACCUCCGGAUUCCUCUGAACGUUUAACCGUUGUUGACGGUACAGCUGCCCUAAGGACAGGAACUGGGCUAGAGGUACCCCGGGCCACUCUAGCUGGUGGUUUUGAUCCCCUUUUGCCACCUUUCUCUCAACCUGCGACACGGCAGCAGCCGCCCUCCCAACUACCAGUCACUCCUGCAUCACCUGAUACUUCUGCUGUGCCUAUCCCAAUGCCUGAUGGAAAGUGGACGAGGCUUACGGAUGAGGACAGCCGGCCCAGCGGUGCCGGUUCUACUGCUCAAAGCGGGAAUGGCGCUGGAGACCUGACGGACUCUAGGGACUGUGCCGAUACAAGGUCAGGGGAUAAAGAUGUCUUGGGUAUCGAGGAGGAGUGCACCCUGGUUAAGAACAAGAAGAAGAACAAGAGGAAGAAGAGGAAGAAUGGGAAACACGCCCAUUCACACGCUCAGCACGAGACAUCACAUGCCGACAAGGUCGAAGCGUCGUUGAAAAGUCUCAAGGAUGAAUGGUCCGCCACAUUGGGGGAAUCCUCAAAGAUGAAGCAAGAUAAGAAGAAAGAGGAAAGCGCUGCUGGUCCAGAACCAGGCUGUUCGAGCAAAAAGGCUGAGAACAAGAAGGCCGGCGAGAAUGAGAGUGGGAAGUCUAGGGGUACUCCUACCUCUACCUCUAGCUCAAAGGAGGCUAAGAGCAAGGCUGGACUACCACAAUCAUCACAAACGGCACAGCCUUCUCUUCCACCACCUUCAGAUCUACACAUUUCUGGUUCAUGUUUGGGCGACUUGGGGAAUAUGAAGAGUGGGGAGAGACCCGGAUCACAAUCACCUCCCGAGCUACAGUUACCUCCAUCUUCAGAAGCUUCGAUACCUUUGCCAACACUAUGGCUGUCAAUGGAGGUGCCAAGGGUGCGGCUGUUUAAGGUGCGGUUGCCGAUGGUGCCAAAGGAAGAAAUACCGAACGCAUUCGAUGAAGAUGUAAAGGCUGAAGAGGAAGCUAAAGAGAAUAAAUCCAGCUUUCCCAGCCAAGACACUCAGGUUGGAGGUAUCGCCAGUUCAAAAGCAAGAAACUCCAAGGAAAAAGAUAAAGGACGGUGGACUGGAAGCCCAAAGCCGGUCGGUGAGAACAAGAAGGUCGAGAGAAAGUCCACAUCACGACCGCAACCACAACCACCUUUGCUCCGGUCCGAAACGCAGAUUGUCCAGGUGCCAGAACCGAUCAAUCAGUGUCAGAGGCCAAAUUAUCCACGUGUGAGCACAAAAGGGUUCAAACAACGACCGCGAGGACAGCCACAACGCCAACAACCGCAUUUCCACCCGAAAGGACUUUCAACAUCAGCUUCAAACCCGCCGCCUUCUCAGCAACCUUGCUUGAAUGGGCCGGAAGCACCAGCGUUAUAUCACCGCUAUCAAAAGCAUAGAAUGGACACGCUUGAUAUGCUACGCACGAUGGCUCAAGUCCAACCAAUGUCUCAGGCACCAUCGAUAUCCCAGGGCCAAGUGCCUGUGAUGCAUCCUUUGUAUCCGGCAUCUCAGAUGCCAAUAAUGACUCAGGUGCCGCCAGUACCCCGGAUACCGCCAUCAUCCCUUUACCCCCAGGCGCCCAUGACAUACCAGGUUCCACCCAUGUCCCAGGUUCAGUUGCAACCCAUGCCCCAGAUGCAACCGUUCAUUCACAACCCCUACUAUUCUCAGGUACCAGCAACAACAAUGUCUGAGGUACCACCGAUUUUGCCGGCGCUUUCUUCGCAACAAAUGUAUCCCUUCCAGCAACAAACAUAUCAGCCAGCUCACUUCCCAUACCCAGGGGACGAGCAAUGUAAUGCGCAAAGGUGCUAUCAAGAGACGCCAGAGCACUUUCACUUUCCAAACGUGCAUCAGUUGCCACCACCACCACCACCACCACCACCAUCACCACAUCCAAUGAACCCCGAGCUAUCCGGAAUGGCAAGAAUGCCUCGAUAUGAGGACCGAAAUAUGUAUUCCAGGGAAAUUCUACCAAGUCAACAUUUGACGCACAUGGCGAACGCUUCGCUUCCAGAUACCAUGAACGUACCCGGUAUGUAUCCGGUGGUAAGUGCGAGUGGAAGUGCAAUCGGAAGUCGAAAUGGAAAUGGACGUGCAAGUGGAAGUACUUCUAUACCUCACGGAAACGGUAUCAGUAACGGCCUCAUACAAUACCGAGUCCCCAUACCGGCACAAGCACCAAACUCAAACGCCGAACGACCACACCGGCAACGGUCCACUACGGCUGGCGAUUGUUCACGUUCCGAAACGAGGGUAUGUGAUGAUGAUGAUGAUGAUGACGGCCAAGGAAAGGGAGAUCCGACGUCUUUCGGAAAGGGAGGUACUAGUGUCUCUGCUCCUGCCUCUGGGCGUCUGAACAGUUGGCAUGGUCCGAAUGAGAAGAAGGCGAAGGGAAAGGGAAACGGAAAGCAGGUUGAGAACAAGCCCGAGUUCCAGUAGGACGACGACUUGGGGAGACGGAAGAUGAAGGAUGGCAUUUUGUCGUCUGGGGAUACUUGGACCUUUGAAUCACAGUACCACCAAGUACAAAAGGCUUUGAAAGAUGCGUCGCGGCCUUUACAAGUGCUGGAAGACAUAUCUUCAGAGUCUACACUCCGACAGCAGACAUCGACGCAGCCAGAGAUGCAGGCACAAACACCGACGCAGCCAGAGACGGAGUUAGCAAUACACAUGU